CCCUGACGUCCUCAGCAGUAGCGCCAGCGUGCUGCAGCCUGCACAGGUGGGCUUAGCUAUCCCAGAUUGUGCUCCGCCGCGGGCGAUUAGGUAAAUCCGCCGGAGCAAGAGGGAAAUUAUCCUGCGAUUUUUUCGUCCUCUCCCUCCAUCUCUCUCUCCUCUCGAUUUGCCCGAGAAAAUUUUUCGUUGUUUCCCGCAUCACUCUCCACUAAGCCGAGCCGCCGCCCCCCUCUCUCCACGCGCUGGUGCUCGUCGCUUCCUGCCCAAUUCGGCGUCAUUCGCCCGCCCCCCUAUUAAUUCCCUGCCUCGAUAGUCGAUGGCCGAUUGCCCCGUGAAAUUUCCGGUUUUGUUGCCUCGCCGGUGUUAAAUACCCACGCCGCUAGGGUUCAAUCGUCGUCCGGAGGCUUCCCCGUCAAUCUCGGCGUGGGUACGGGCGGCGGCUCAAAGGUGGUUUGUGAAUAGGGAGAUAGAUAGAUAGUUAGGGUUCUAGGAAUUGUUUCCAUCUCCCGUAUUGGAUGGAGGAAUCGGUGGCAGGGGUUAAUCUUGCGAAGCAAAUGGAGAAGGAGAAGGCGGCGGGGGAACCAGGGGAUGAGGGUGCGAUAGAGAGGAGCCACUCUAUCAAUCUGAAUACGGUGCCACCACCAGUUGCUGUGGAGGCGAGGAGCACUCAGGAGAAUGGUGAGACGCAUGGCGCAGAGGUGUCAGGAACAAAGGAUUCAAGAACCGGGAAGCCAGAGCAAUCCAGUGGUGCUGAUCAGAAGAAGUUGCCCAAGUGUGAGCAAGUCGACUAUGAAAGUGAAACUGAAGGCUGUGAGAACCCUGCCGAGAAGGCUGCCCUGGUUACUGUGGUGGGAAAUGAAGGGCUUGCUGAUUUUGGUGAUGAGGAUGAGAGAGCUCAGGUCCUCACUAUUGUCAAGAAGGAUGAGCCUGCAGAUGAAAUCGGUGAUUCUAUCAAUCCGUUGGCAGGGGCAGGGUUUAGAGAAGAGAAGGGUGUUGUUGGUGCUUCUGCUGAAAUUUCUGCAGUGCGACCUGCUGGCUCUCGAUCAUCGAGUUUCCAUGGAGUGACCAGGCAUAGAUGGAGUGGGAAAUAUGAAGCUCAUCUGUGGGACAGUUCUUGCAGAGUAGAAGGACGGAGAAGAAAAGGGAAACAAGUUUAUCUAGGAAGUUAUGAUACUGAGGAGAAAGCUGCUAGGUCUUAUGAUGUUGCAGCUCUUAAAUACUGGGGUCAAAAUACAAGACUAAACUUUCCGAUUUCACAAUACGAAAAAGAACUGGAGGAUAUAAGGGACUUAUCUCGAGAGGAAUGUGUGACAUAUUUGAGAAGGAGGAGCAGCUGCUUUUCAAGAGGGGCUUCUAUUUAUAGAGGAGUGACAAGAAGGCAGAAAGACGGGAGAUGGCAAGCACGCAUAGGACUGGUUGCUGGAACUAGAGACAUAUACCUGGGAACAUUCAAAACUGAGGAAGAAGCUGCGGAGGCUUAUGAUAUUGCUGCCAUCGAGAUACGUGGCAAAAAUGCUGUGACCAACUUUGACCGAAGCAACUAUGUUGACAAGGGUAUGCACUGUAUAGAAGGGGAAGGCUUGAGGCUGCUCGCAUCGAAGCCAGAAUAAUAACUUGAACUAAAAUGCGGCGUCAUCUAUUGAGCAGUUUUGCCCAGAGACAGAUUUGGAACUUAGUGGUACAUACAGAUAGGAGAACUGGUUGCAUUUUUUCAAUACUUCCUGCUUUUAAGUCUUAACGAUUACAAUUAUUGAAUCACCUAGCAAAAAUCAUGUAAGGGGUUUUUCGAGCAUGUACCAUAGGGUUUGUAGGAUAGAUCUUUCUGGAAAUGUUACCGAGUCAAUGUUCAUGUUAUGUUUCGGUUGCUUCGUUUUUGACAAAUUGAACAUUCCUCAGAUCUUUCUGAAGAAUGGCCCUACCUAAGUGCAUUACAUAUUAGCCACUCCUAUACCUUUGGUUUC